CCGAUUGCACCGGAUAACCUGUUCGACAUUUCUCUUUUUUCUUCGAGGUAUUUCUCUUUCCCCUGCAGCAAACGGAAGUAGAUCCCAAUCGAAUGCCGAGAGUCCUAAGUUUCUGCCGAUCCAAAUCAAUCGCAAUCCUUAUUUGGAUCUUCACCACCAUCCUCUUCUACCUCACCCUUCGAAUCUCCAUGGAUAACUCCAAUUCCUCUCCGGCGCUCAUUGCAUCAUCAGAUUCCGGAUCUAGGAUGUCGAUCUCGGAGGGGCGGAAGCUUUUGUACGAUAAGAUGGCUCGAGAUUUGGACGAGCACGGCGCGGCAUUUUUGAAGGGCGGAGAGACUUCGCAAUCACUGUCGAUUUCGGAAUUGUUCGAGCUGAAAAAUGGUUCUGUUACUCCGGUUUUGAAGAAGGCAGAUCCACCAGUUCGAGCAACAGUGCUUUAUCUCAGUAGUGAAUACUCGAUUCCGAUCUCGAAAACUGUCAGAGAAGUCUUUCUUCCAUACUUCGACAGUGUUAUCUGGUUUCAAAAUAUGAGCAUUUACCACUCGAGUAUGUUUCAUGCCUCUCAUCAUCUGAAACCUGUAAUUGCAACAAAUGACCAGAUUGAAGCUGAGGCAAAUAGUAUUAAAAGUGUUGCGAAAGAUGUAUGUCCCCUGAAGAUUAUCUUGGAUAGAGUUGUGUUGACAUCAACUGGUGUGCUACUGGGAUGCUGGCAGGUGGUCUCAGGCACUGAUCCUACAGUCAUUCGAGAAAAACUGAGAGCUGCUCUUCCACGUGCACCUGAGAAACAACUUUAUGAGUCUCUUCUACUUCACACUUCAUUUGCAAGAAUUCUUGGGCACCCCAAAAUCUUAUUUGAGAAGCCUGAGAAGCCAUCUGAUAGCCUCCAGUUGUUUCAUGAGCUAGUGGAUCAGCUCAACAAGAAACUUCAAGGUUUCGAGGCAACCGUUUGGGAGCUUUGGUUCGUCGAAGAACAUGAUGUGCUAGCCUUAGCAUUAGAUGGAAGAAUGAAGAUAAGGAAAUUCCCUCUUGGUUGCAAACAGAAUUAAGACAUGCAAGCUUUCUGUUGAAGAACUUCCCACAUUCUAUGAACUUGAGAUUCUGAGACAGCAACCUUCUGCCGUAUCCUACCUCAAAAGGAUAAACCAAGUUCAAGCUGAUGAGAAAAGAAGAAUGCAUUCUUCAGUGAGAGGCAUAGAGAAUCAAAAUUUUUCUCAGCUGUGCUGUAACUUCACAUAGUGUCAAAAUACAGUGUGUUUUUAAGUAGCUUCACUGGUGGAAACAAACUGAAUCAAAUCUUUUGCCAGAAAUAUUGGAAGUAAUGAUUGAAUUAAAAUAAUACAAAAUCAAUUUUAAUUUA